AUGUCGCCGAAAAGACCUGUUGAAAAGUUGAGUUUUUCGUGUACGAAACAAGUUACCGAGUUUCUAUUGAAUGGCAUUGACAUCUUGGGUGAAAAAUGCAUUAAGAUUUUCUGGAAUUACAUCGAUGCCUUACCAAGGAAACUCAGAAAUGAAAUUCUUAUUAGCUUAUUUGAGCUUACAUCGAUUAAAACUCAGAAAAAAUGGAUCGCGUUUUGUUUGUUUAAGUUUAGCUGUUACAAAUUUGAUUCCAGGCACGUGUCGCGUAACUAUCAUAGAAAAUUUGUUUAUAACUUGAUCAAUGUGCGGUAUUUGAACUUAUCUGAUGCAGAGAUUACCGAAACAAUUCUUACAAGAACAAUAAAAAGAAACCCUCAGCUACGAGUCCUCAUCAUUCCAAACAAAGCGACAAACAACGUUUUGAAAGAAAUCACAAAUCUCAAACACCUAAAAAUGCUGGAUAUAAGUGGAAACAAUCAACUGACCCUUGAAGACUUGAACUACAUUUCCAGUACUUCUUUGGAGAUUUUGACAAUAGGCAACUCCAUAAUAUCUAAUCUGGAUUUUGAAAACUUGGCAUUUAUUUUACAAAAAAAUCCAAACUUAAAAGAAAUUAAAAUGUAUGAUUACAUGGGCAAAGCCCUAUUGACAUUAAAAUCCCCAUACAUUUGCAAACUAAACGCAAUCAGAGAUUAUAAAACCUCAACAAAACAGAUAAAAGCCAUCAUUGGUAUUUGUCCAAACCUCAAGAAACUCUCCCUGGAAACUCCUGAUAUUAACAUUUUCAAACAUUUACAACAAUUAACCUCAUUGCAAACCCUUAAACUAACCCAUUGCCAAAACAUUGAACUAAAUUUAAAAAACCUAACUCUAAAAACAUUACAAAUCCAUUCCGCCAUAAUAAACUCCACAAAAUUAUGCUUGACAAUACAAAACCUAUUAUUAAAAUCUUGCAAAUUAACCCACAAUGACACAAUAUGCUUUAGAAAUCUUAAAACCCUCGAACUAAUCGAUUGCAAUAUCAAAAAUAAAUCCACAAUAAUGAACUUUUUAACAUACGCAAAUCAAUUACAAAGAUUCACAAUGUCAAACGACAUAGGCAUUGAUGAUGAAGAUAUAAAAUUACUAUGUGAAAACAAAAAGCUAAAAAGUUUGGAAACAUUAUGGCUUUCAAUGGCUAAACAAUUAACUAGUGAUUCGGUUGUAAGACUAAUGAAUCAUUGUGAUAAAUUGACUUCUAUUGGGACAUUGAAUGGUUGGAAUAUUAGCAAAGAUGAAGUGAAUUAUUUAAGAUGUUUUAUUUAUUUUAAAAUGUAAAUUUGCAAUUGUUGUAUUUUAGUUGUUUUUAGUUAAAUAUAUACGCAUUUACUGUACAUAGUCUAUUUUUAACAUCAAAGUUUAUUUUAGUUUGGCUUGUGAGCUGUAAUAUACACACAUACAUA